UUCAAAGGGAACAACAAUUUAUACUGCAUGAGAAAAGGGUGCUGAUUGGCUGGCCAGCCAGCUCUGAUUGGUUCUUCCCAUGGAGAAUACAGCAGGGAUCAAUUGUUUCCUGUGCUUUUGUUCAAUUCAACAAAAGGUCCCCAGCCUGGAUUUGUUCCUUUUGCCUUCUGCAGUGUAAAUGAGCCACAUUAUGAGCCCAACUGAUAAUCUUUGAAACUUGGUGUUCUUUCAUUUGCCCUGAUGAGUGCAAGAUGAAAAGUUUGGCAGAAUGUCUCUAUUUAUUAAUGCUCAAGUAUCUUAAAAGGGGAAAGUGUGGUUGAGAUGGGGAGAGUUAUUGGGAGAGAAUUUCAGAGCUUUUGGAUGAGGGAACUGAAGGCACACUCAUUAAUGGUGGAGCAAUUAAAAUAGGGAAUGUACAAGGCCAGAAUUAGAGCAGUGUAAAUAUCUCAGAGGGUUGUGGGGCUAGAAAAGAUUGCAGAGAUAGGGAGGGACGAGGCAUGGAGAGAUCUUAAAACAAGGAUGAGAAUUUUAAAAUCAAGUUGCUACUUGACCGGGAGCCAAGGCAGGUCAGAAAGCGGAGGGACUCGCAGCGAGUGAAGACACAGCAGAUGUUUGGAUGGCUUCAAGUUUACAGAGAGUGAAAUGUGGGAGACCAGCCAGGAGUGUGUUGGAAUAGUCAAGCCUGGAGGUAACAACGGCAGGGUGAGGAUUUCAGCAGCAGAUUCACUGAGACAGGGUGAGGUCGGGAGAUGUUACGGAGGUGGAAACAGGCGAUCUUAAUGAUGGCACAGAUAUGAAGUCAGAAUCCCAUCUCAAGAUCAAGUGUGACACCGAGGUUGUGAACAGACUGGCUUAAUCUCAGACUGUUCCCAGGGAGAGGGAUGGAGUUGGUAUCUAGGGAUUGGAGCAGGGACUGAAAACAGUGUCUUCAGCAUUCUCAGUGUUUAAUUGGAGUUAAUUAGUCAUCAGGAAGAGAAGCAGGAACCAGAAUGGGCAAUGAGACUGAUCCCAGGUUUAACUGAAUUAGAGAGGGAGAGAAGGAAGGAAUGAAACCCUGGGAGCUUUGUAGAAACCAUCUUCAUGAUCACUCAUGAAAUCUGCACACAAGAAUCGGAAGGGGAGGAUUUGCAGAUGGGGAACUCAAACCAAACACAUCAAGAUCUGACAGAGUCACUUGAUUCAUCAGACCUGAAUAUCAUCGGUCUAUGAAUGUGGAUGGAGAGUGUUUGUCUGUCCUGUCUGUGCAAAAAGAUUUCAAACAUCUUUGUGACUGGAAAAACACCAAGAGACACACACACACCCGAGUGAGAGUGUUCCAGUGAACUGACUGUGGAAAGAGGUUUAACCAGUUGCACAGCUUGAAAAAACAUCACAUCAUUAACAGACGAGAGAAACUGUACACGUGUUCUGUUUGUGGACAAGGAUUCAACUGAUCAUCAAACCUGGAGACACACAGGGACACCCGCACCAUGGAGAAACCAUGGAAAUGUGGGGACUGUGGGAAGAGCUUCAGUUGCCCAUCCCAGCUAGAAAAUCAUCGACGCAGUCACACUGGGGAGAGACCGUUCAUCUGCUCCGAGUGUGGGAAGGGAUUCACUCUGUCAUCCCACCUGCUGAGACAUCAGCGAAUUCACAUCAGGGAGAGGCCAUUCACCUGCUAUGAGUGUGGGAAGGGAUUCACUCUGUCAUCCCACCUGCUGAAACACCAGCGAAUUCACACUGCAGAGAGGCCGUUCACCUGCUCUGAGUGUGGGAAGGGAUUCACUCAGUCAUCUGACCUGCUGAGACACCAGCGAAUUCACAGUGGGGUGAGACCAUUCACCUGUCCUAUAUGUGGGAAAGGAUUCACUCAGUUAUCCAGCCUGCUGAGACACCAGCGGCUUAACACUGGAGAGAGGCCGUUCAGCUGCUCCGAGUGUGGGAAGAGAUUCACCGAGUCAUCCCACCUGCUGAAUCACCAGAGGUCUCACUCUGGGGAGAGACCAUUCACCUGCUCCGAGUGUGGGAAGGGAUUCACUGAGUCAUCCCACCUGCUGAGACACCAAUGGAUUCACACUGGGGAGAGACCGUUCACUUGCUCCGAGUGUGGGAAGGGAUUCACUCGGUCAUCCCACCUGCUGAGACACCAAUGGAUUCACACUGGGGAGAGACCGUUCACUUGCUCCGAGUGUGGGAAGGGAUUCACUCAGUCUUCCGACCUACAGAUACAUAUGCGGAUUCACACUGGGGAGAGACCAUUCACCUGCCCUGUAUGUGGAAAGGGAUUCACUGGGUCCUCUGAACUGGUGAAGCACCAGCGAAUUCACACUGAGGAGAGGCCAUUCAGCUGUACCUCCUGUGGAAAGAGAUUCGGGUCUUCAGGCCAGCUCAAAACACACGAGCGAGUUCACACUGGGGAGAGGCCGUUCACUUGCUCUGAGUGUGGGAAGAAAUUCACUCAGUCAACUAACCUGCGGACACACCAGCGACUUCACAAAUGACUCCAGAGUUUGGAUUCUGCUGUUAUUCACACCGAAAACUGAACCAUCUUCAUUCUGAUAGUUGGGUUUGUUUCUGCUGAUGAUGAUGAUAAUCCCUGUAACUGGGCUGAAGUUUAAAAUUCUGGAUCUAAAGCUGAUUGUGUUUUUGGGGCUGCAGUGGACCAGGAGGCUCCAUAAGUAUCCCCAUCCUCACUCCAGGAUAAGUUAAUUGUGACAGUUAACACAGCAACAAGAAAACAACAUUCCCUGAUGAGGGCCAAACCCGGGUAGCAGGAGUGGGAGCGCCGAAUAAUAGCAUGUUUAGUUCAAACACAGAAGACUUGUUCAGCCAAUAACAGCACCGAGUGUGCUGGAUAUGAACAUGAAGUGAACAGUGAGGUGAAAUAAUGCCACAAGCUGCAGAUGUACAACUUUCAAUUUCCAAGACCCACCAACCUAAUCAAUGCGGCUCCUCUGAAACUUUCAAGGCAAAUAUUGAUCCUUUAUAAGGGGCCGUUCCCAGAACUAUACACAGUCCUCCAGGUGUGAUCUAACCAGGGCUUUGUACAGCUGUAGCAAAUCUUUCCCUCUUUCCUAUAACAGCCUCUGACACAGGUUGUACAGCAAGGGGAAUUAGAUUGUAUAUAUCGAAUAAGAAAAAUAUGGAGAUGCUUCCUCAGAAUAAAAUUCCUUUUCAAAUUC